AUGGUGAUGGCAAGCGAUGCCGCGAUUGAACAAAGGAGUCCGUUUCCUAGAAUUGGGGAUGACACUGCCCUAGGCAUUCGUAAUGCGGCGUCAUGGUCUGUCGAUGAAGGUGGGAAUAGCGUCGCGGCGCGGUUUGAUCGAGGAUUUAUUAAUAUCUGCGGUUAUGAGUGCAAGGACAAUAAUCGCAAGUCGAACACUCGUUUCUUCACAAAGGAUGGAUGGCUUGGCUUGAUGACGAGCACGAUGGCGAUUCUGGCUGAUUUGAAAAGAUGCAAUCAGCGACAAACAAACACCAUCCCGCUAUUACUGAUACCUGGCCGUGGGCCUUGGCAGGGCAUACUGUCGAUCAGGUUCGAUUCCUCAAAAGCGCUUGCCGUGACUCUCCUACGUUUAACCGCCGCUCAAAUCACGUUGGCCAACGAACUACUUCCUGACGGAGCCGAAGGCCGUACGCACGUUCAGCCUUGGAAUUACUAG